GUCAAUUCAAAACCAUUGCAGCGCCACCCAUCAGGAUGGCCGAGAUGGACGUGGACGCCGAGCUCGCGCUCCUCCUCAAGGAGCAGGAGCAGUUCAUGCAGGGCGGCAAGGUCUCCUCCGUGAAGCUGCACACCAAGCCCAAGCCGGCGCCAUCGGCGUCCAACGCGCCGCCGACGCUCGCGUCGGCGGUCAUGCGCGGUGCGGUGCUCGAGCGGUCGGCGCCGGUCACGCGCCCGAUGCCCACGAUCGUCGGGACCGCGCAAGGCUUUCCGUCGACCAAGAAGCAGAGCGUCUUUGGCCGUCGACGCGCCGAAGCGGCCAAGACGCAGGCGCCGCCAUUGCGGUCGUCCAGCGCGAUCCCGUCCGACAUCCAAGCCGACAACGACAGCGCGAUCGCCAACAUGUCGCUCGACGAGAUCAAGUCGGCGCAGGACGAGCUGCAUGCCUCAUUGUCGCCCGAAGUCCUCGCCAUGUUCCGCAACCGCGCUAAGGCCAAGGCGCCUGCACCCGCCGUUGCACCGCCUGCUGUUGCACCGCCCGUCGCCGCGACGCCACGCACGCAACGACCGCUGCCGCGCGUCUCGAACGACGCCGAGCUCGCGUCGGCCGUGCAAGGCCUACCGGACGAAGAGCGCGCCAAGCACGAAUGGAUGACGUCGCUGCCACCGACCACGUCGUCGUCGUCGACGGCGGUGCGCGUCGACUUUGAUGGUCACGUCCUGCCUGCCACGGACGGCCUCUUGCCGCCGUCGCACUCCGGCCUGUACCACCACGGUGACGACCCCGACCGCCCUGGGUACACGAUUGAGGAGCUCGUCUUGCUCGCGCGGUCGACGGUCGCGUCGCAGCGGGUCGUUGCCUGCACCGUGCUAGGCAAGGUUCUGCGGCAGCCCGAAGACAGUGCGAUCGCCGUAGGUCCCAUUGCCCUUGCGCUGCGACACGCCCUCGACGACGCCAACCAGUCGGUGCUCACGGCUGGCAUCGACGCGCUGCACGCCGCCCUUGUGCGCUUCGACGUCCUGUGCAUCCAGCCCACCGGCGUGGCCAUGACGCCCGUCGAUCGCUUUGGAAAGCUGCGCGUUGUGCGGUACCUCCAGCCGGCGGCCAAACAGGACACGGACGAGGAUGACGACGGCGACAAGGACCCGGACGACGUGCCCAUGGAGCUCAAGGAACUCGCAGCCGCCGACGCGAUCCAAGCCCUGCUCAAGACGCACUUGCCAUUCCGCUUGCGACACUUGCUGUCGCUAUCGUCACUGCGUGGGACUCGCAGCCACGACCAAGUGCUCGACUUGUGCGUUGCACUGGCGAUGCACUCGCGCCGCGCGGCCACACACCUGUUGGAGGUCAAAGGCAUGACCAGCGUGCUCCUCGAGCUCUUGAGCCACGAAGGCAUCGACGACGUCCUCGCGACCUUGGCCAUGCGACGCAAGACGAUGGUCCUCCUGCGGCGACUAUGCCAAGCUAACGCGGCGCUAGCCGCCGUGUGCCUCCAGGACCAGCUGCUCACAGCCACCAAAGUCGUGUUGGCGAUUCGCCAUCCGGGCUUGCUCCCCCUGCAGCUGGACGCGCUUCGGCUCUGGAGCGUCUGCCUCUCGUACGGGAUCGAUCUGCACAGUGUCGCGUACUUGUACCCGCUUCUGUGUGGGUAUCCGGCCGCGGGGCUUGCGGCCGACGGCGUCGCGCUCUCGCCGUGGCCGAUCGAAGUGCAGUGUGCGAUUCUCGACGCUCUCACGCUUCUCGUGCGCAAUGGCGUCGAAGCCGCGCAGUACUACCGACUGCUGCCGUUCUUUGUACAGCAGGCUACGGAUCUCCUCUCGCAGCAUGCGGCGCUGUCGACAUCGCCCAUGGUGGCUGCCGCCGUCCGCUUCCUUGCCGCUGCGUGGCCCAUCGUCCAGUUCAACACGACGAUCCUCGAUGUCGACCCGUACAUUCGCGUCACCCCUGUGCUGUCAACGCUCUUCGACGCUGUGCUGGCGUCGUCGACGGGGCUCGAGUGGCUACCGGACCUCUUGGCAUACUUUACGGCGCUUGCUGCCGCGCCGGCCAAGCAGCUUCCACCAGUGUCGUUGGCGGGGCUGGCAAAGGCGAUGACCCCAGGCUUUCUCAAGCAACUGGCGCCGCACCGCUCGAUCGGUGUCGCGUGCGCUCUCUUCUGCACGACGCACGGGUCGAGUGAGACAGCGGUGCUCUGGCCACUCUGCGUUGCAUGGCUCGCAAGCUGCCAGCCCGGCGACGAAGCCGACGCCCGCAGCAUCGUCCGCGUCCUCUUUGCGACGCAGUUCCCGGCCUUGUGUGCUCUGUUUAGCGCCAUGGCCGGUGCGAGCCCGAACCCCAAGGAGACGUGUCACGUCGUUCAGCCCGAAGAUGCGCCGUCGACGCUGCCGUGGCCGACCUACUGGCUCUUUAGCCUCUUCUCGCGCAUCGCUUCGAGUGAUAUGAGUGCGUCGGCGUGGCAGACGCUCCUAGCCGAAGCGUGUUCGUUGCUCCUGCAGCUCGAAACAAGCGCACCGGCGCUGCUCGACGCGACGCCGACGGCCCAUAAGCUCGUGCAUCUCAGUCACGUAUACCUCCUCGAGACGGACGCAUGGCUGUCGCCUGCGGUCGCGACGCAUCUGCAGCCCCUCGUGGCGCACUAUGUAAACGCAGUGGCGGCCGACGGAUGGCACGACGCGCUGGGCCACGUCGUUCAAUGCUACAAGCCGUGCGAGCCUGGGAAGGAACCUGCGCUGGUGCAGUCGUUUGUCGAGUCGCUGCUCCAAGUCUUUUGUGGUGCGUCGUACGGCGACGUGGGCGUCAGUGCGAUUAUGACGCUCUGCUUGCACCCGUCGCUGCCGCUGGAGCUCCGCCUCUGGCUGUGGUCCGAGCUGAGCAUGAACGGUGGCCUUGCGCUCGUCACGGUGCCGACGGCACUGGCGUCGUCGUUGCUGGCGACGACCGAGAGCAAGAUGCUCGAUGCGUACGUCGCCAGCGUCGUCUCGGUGACGAUCACGGCGACCCGCGGGAAGGACUUGUACGCGGUGGCCACGCACCACCUGGCUCGCUAUUGCUUGGGUGCGUCGGAGCUUGCGGCCUCGCAGCGCCAGCAGCAGGUUUGGCUGCGUCUGCUGCAGUCGCCCGCUAAGGCGCUGGCCGCGGAUCUAGCAGGCCAUGCGGAGGCCAAAGAUGCGCGCGCCAAGGUGCAGUGGUGUCUGCUGCAGCCGUCGUUUGCGUCCGUACAACCGACGCUCCACUCGCUGCUCUAGCACGAGUUAGCAAACACGGAUUUCUAAUCGAACAGAAUGAUGAUCGUGAAUGCAGGUCAUGACUAGAACAGA